AUGGGUCGUCUGUCCGGCAAAAACGCCAUCAUCACCGGUGCCGCAGGUGGCAUUGGCCUUGAGACGAGCAUCCUCUUUGCCAAAGAGGGCGCCAAUGUCCUCAUGUCUGACAUCUCAGAGCCUGCUCUUGAAAAGGCCCUUGCCAAGGUCAAGCAGCUCGUUCCAUCCGCCGGCAGGAUCGAAACCAAGAAAUGCGACGUGGCCCAGGAAGCCCAGGUGCAAGCCCUCGUCGAGUCCCUCGACUCCUGGGGCGGCCUCGACGUCAUGUUCAACAACGCCGGCAUCAUGCACGCCCAGGACGACGACGCCGUCAACACCCCCGAAGCCAUCUGGGAUCUCACCCACAACAUCAACGUCAAGGGCGUCUGGUUCGGCAGCAAGCACGCCGUGCUGUCGCUGCGCCGCCACAAAAAGUCCCGGGGGUCCGUCAUCAACACCGCGUCGGUGGUGGCUCUCGUCGGCGCCGCCACCCCCCAGCUCGCCUACACGGCCUCCAAGGGCGCCGUUCUCGCCCUGACGCGCGAGCUCGCCAUGGUCCAUGCCCGCGAGGGCUUCCGCUUCAACAACCUGUGCCCGGCGCCGCUCAACACCCCGCUCCUGCAGGACUGGCUGGGCGACGACCAGGCCAAGAGGCACAGGCGCGAGGUGCACUUCCCUACGGGGAGGUUUGGCGAGGCCGUCGAGCAGGCGCAUGCCGUCGUCUUCCUGGCCAGCGACGAGUCGACGUUUGUGAAUGGCCACGACUUCGUGGUGGAUGGCGGCAUGACCAAGGCCUACGUGACGCCCGAGGGGCCUGCCGCCGCCGCCCCGGUCAACAAUGCUAGCAAGGAUUCGCUCGAGUAA